CCUAUAAAUACCCUUUCAAAACUCCCCCACUCAUUUUCUUCCCUUUCUCUCUCCGAACCUGCCGUCUCUCACCCUCUCCCUCUCUGUCAGAGAAGCUACAGAGCUGCGAUCUUCGGAAAUGGAUGGAAACUGAUUUUUAGGAACAACUGAAAAUUUGGAUUUCUUCCAUGAACAUUGGUAUGCCAAAUUUUAGAAGAAUCCAGAACUUUUGAUCUUAAGUCUGGAGGAAUUUAUAUAUGUGAGCAAGGAUGGGCUCUGCCUGUUGUGUUGCUGCCAGAGACAAAACUCUACCGAACAGAACUAGCAGUCAGCAUUCAACUAGGAACAUUAGAUAUUCACCGUCAUGGAGCUUUCGAUGGGAUGCACGAACACAUGUUGAGGAUAGCAUGGAUAACCAGGUGCCAUUUCCUCGUGGGAACUCCCAGCAUGCUGGUUUCGAAAUCAAGGGCGGGUUAGAAACAGAAACAGAAGCUCUUUCAGAUGAGGGAAGCCCAGUGGAGAAUUUUCAGACACCCACAUGGCAGAAGUCUCUCAUUUGCAAGGGAACUACUGGGACCUCUAGAAAUGGUGCUCCAGAUCUACCCAUGGGGCACAGGCUCCCUCCUGAGGAAAGGGAUUCUGCAAAACCAUCAGCAGUUUCAAACACAUCAAGUCCGAAGCUUUCAGUUUCUCUACCUCCAACUGCCUCUUCAUCAAUGUCCAAGGUAGAUCCUUCAUCUUCCCAGACCUACUCGCUCCCCGCGGAUCAAACUCCAUCGAGGCAGGCAGCCCUCUCUUCGCCGAGUUACCAUCUCUCAAGGCAAGCUUCCGACAGCCAGAUCCUGGCGCCCAAGUCGCCAAAUGAUAACUCUUUAUCUGAAAGGAGACAAUCCUUUGCAUUACCCGCCUCCAGCAAUGACUCAGCAUUGGGUUCCCAUGGUGGGUCUUCAGAUGGUUGGUCCAUGCACAUGUUCUCCGAGCUUGUAGCCUCUUCUCAAAGGGAGCGAUGGUCUUUCGACAGUGAGAACACAAGCUACGGCCAUCAUAAGACAAGCAGAUCCAACAGCCCUAUGUUAACUUCUCCCUCCAUGGAUUUUCAGACAUGUGGGAUAUGCUCCAAGCUCUUAACAGAGAGAUUGUCAUGGAGCUGCAACGAGAUCGCAGUAGUUGCUGUCCUGGUCUGUGGUCAUGUCUACCAUGCAGAAUGCUUGGAAAAAACAACCACAGAAAAGGAUAGAUACGACCCGUCUUGUCCCAUAUGUACUGUAGGAGAGAAACCGGCCUUGAAGAUGUACAGAAAAGCAUUGAGAGCAGAAGCUGAUUGGAAGGCAAGAAAUAAACUCUCUCGGAUUGGGGUUGCAGACGUUGAUCUCGAAGGGGACAUGAUGUCUGACCACCGGAAGAGCGCCAGACGGGAGGGCAAAGGGCCCCCCAAGAUGGGGGCUAGUUCCAGCAUGAAGAGCUCCUUUGGAAGGCCCUUUUUAAGGCGACACUUCUCGAUCGGCUCGAGAUCGACCCGUGUCCCAUCUGAGGUUGAAUCCACAAGAAGGAAGGGAUUCUGGGCAAGAUACCGCAGGGAAUGAACUUCCUCCCAGCUAGCAAGUGGCAAGAGAGCAGCUCAUUCCUUUCUGUUUAGUAUAUGUUGCUUUACUCGAUACAGGUGAUACCCCCCCUUUUUUUUCUUCUUUCUUUCUUUUUUAUGCACUUUAAUAAAUUCAGUAAUUGUCAUCUA